GAGGCUCGCAGCCGCGCGGGGGCCACGGAGCCCAGAAGCAGCCCUACAAGAUGCACUUAGACACCCGGCGGCUGGAAGAAUGAGCUUGUCCUUCCUCCUCCUCCUCUUCCUCAGCCACCUCGUCCUCAGCGCCUGGGCUCGCGGGGAGAAGCACGUCGCCGCCAAAGGGCAACCCGGACCCGCUGCCGCCGGUCGGAGCCCGGGAGGCGCCCGCAGCAGCCGGAGCGGCAGGGGCACGACGUCUUCCUCCUCGUCCUCCGCCUCCCCCUCCCCCGGCGCUUCUCCGGGCAACCGAGGCGGCGGCUUGGAGCAGAGCAGCUUCCAGUGGAGCCCCUCGGGGCGCCGGACCGGCAGCCUGUACUGCAGAGUGGGCAUCGGCUUCCAUCUGCAGAUCUACCCGGAUGGCAAAGUCAACGGCUCCCAUGAAGCCAACAUGUUAAGUAUUUUGGAAAUAUUUGCUGUGUCUCAGGGGAUUGUAGGAAUACGAGGAGUUUUCAGCAACAAAUUUUUAGCGAUGUCAAAAAAAGGAAAACUCCACGCAAGUGCCAGAUUUACAGAUGACUGCAAGUUCAGGGAGCGAUUUCAAGAAAACAGCUAUAACACCUACGCUUCGGCGAUACACAGAACUGAGCCUGCGGGCCGGGAGUGGUACGUGGCCCUCAACAAGAGAGGGAAGGCUAAGCGGGGCUGCAGCCCGCGGGUCAAACCCCAGCACGUCUCCACUCACUUCCUGCCCAGGUUCAAGCAGCUAGAGCAGCCAGAACUUUCUUUCACGGUCACCAUUCCUGAGAAGAAAAAGCCACCCAGUCCUGUCAAGCCGAAGGUGCCCGUGUCUGCCCCUCGGAAGAGUCCCAACACCGUGAAAUACAGACUCAAGUUCCGCUUCGGGUAA